AUGAGGGGCCCUUCGCCGCUGCUACGGACAGCGCGUACAUUUCGCAGCAAGCCGGCGCAGUACGUCUGCUGGCAAUGCCGCGGCAUUCAGAUCAGUGCAACUCCGAGCACGACAGCCGGGGGAGAUGCUUUUGGCGCAAUUGAAAACCUGAGGGAUACGGCUGAUGCCCGAUUCGAAGUCAUUGGCUCUCCGUAUUCGCUGCUCUCGGUAUCACUUUCGGCUUCGCAGAGGCUUUAUACUCGACGUGGGACGCUGGUCGCAGUGGCGGGGAACCCAGACAAUGCACAAUCGACCCUGUCACUACUAAAUCCCCUUUCGCGGGCACCGUUUGGGGUCCCAUUCAUCUAUCAGCGCAUAUCUGCCACCUCGCCGAUUACCGCUUUGAUCUCGACCAAAUCCCCCACCACGACGUUUACCAUCUUGCACCUGGACGGAACGACCGAUUGGAUGGUGAUCCAGCGCAAUGCUCUGCUAGCUUGGACAGGCCACACUCUGUCCCUCUCAUCACGGAUCCAGAGACGACUCUCGGUGGCGCAUUGGGGCAGCACAUUUGUGACUGGUCGUGGGUUGGCAGCUCUAUCAGCGCCUGGACAGAUUUAUCAACUACAUCUCUCCGAGGGUGAAGAAUUUGUCGCCCAUCCUGGCAGUGUUGUUGCAUAUUCUGUCACAAAGCACCAGCCUUUACCGUUCAGGUUUAAGAGCGCCAGUCUACGAUUCCAGAUCCCAUCCCUUACUUCCUGGAUUCCGGAGACAGAAUUUAUGAAGAAGGCACGGGAUUCACAAGUCUACAAAUUCCUUGCCCGUACUUUCUACAGUCUUCGAACAAUGACCCGCCGGACAAUCUGGGGUGAUCGACUGUUCUUGCAUUUCAAGGGACCGAGCACUAUUCUCAUGUCCAGCCGGGGUGUGCGCGUUGUCGAUAGCCUCACCAACGAACAGGUCAAUGAGAUUGCUGAUUCACAAGCCGGCACACUGGCAUCUGCUUUGGAAUUAGCCAGCAAGCCUCAAGGUACGCUGACUGGAAAGACAGCCGACGAGAUUGCCUCCGGGAUUCGCGUGGAGCCAACAAACAAGGAUGGAAAAGUAACGUUCGAAGAUAAGAAGGACCUGAAGGAAUUUGUUCGAUGA